GUCUUUUAAUGGGCUUGGUUCUGAUUAUUUAAGCCUGUGCAGUUGACAUGUAUGAUGAUUGAUGAGCAGUGGUUGCAACAACGAUAAGUUGGGGACCAUUGUGAACACUGCCUAUCAAUGUGAUGACGAUUUCUUACCUAUAAAAGUGUCCUUGACACUUAUCAACAUGACACCUUCUUUAAGUCUGACUUUGACAUGUCACAUCAGCUCCCUUCUUCUAACAUGCCGCUGAAUGAAUGUUAGGUUUUGUUUUGAGUUACAUAAAUAUGGUUAUCGUCUCAAUAAAGUAAUAGAAGGAGAGACAAAAAUAGCUACAAUGAUGAAACCCUCGGCGAAAUCAAUUCAGAGAGUUGGUCGUUUCUUAAGGAAGAGCCUUGGGAGCAUCAAGUCCACUGUCUGCUUUGGUAAACACCACAACUUCUCUAACAACAGCACUCCACUCUUGAGCCCCUUCUCAUGCAGUCUUAGCCACCCAUGUCCACAAGAUUCCCAAACUGAAGAAACAUACAGCGUUAUCUCUUGCGAGAGCAAGGUUGUUGCAGAUACCAGAGAUGAGAGACUCAUCAACAAAAGCCAACAUAAGAAGAAACCGAAGAAAAAGGUUGCUGCAGAGCCAUUCGAGGAGGCGAAGAGAAGAGGUGACAUGCUGGCGCAAAAGAUGAAAAAUCUCAACAUGGUUGAUCUCAGAGACGUGGAGCAUGCAUCGGAUGUAAAAGAAGCGCUUCGAUGCUAUUCAAGCAUUAGAAGCCCUGUCUAUCUAGACAUUGUUGACAACUUCUUCGGGUAUCAACGGUUCAAGAAGGAAAGCUGGCUCUUUCAGAGUCUAAGACCCCUCUUGAUCAGCUUCGCUUUCGUUUAUUACACUUGUAUGGUAAAAUCACCAAUCACCCUCAGCUACUACCACAUUGUAUAGAGUCUUAUGUUAUCAAUGAAACAUUAUUCAAGAAAUA